AUGGCGAGGAAAACCUUCUAUCACUGGUCCGAUACUACUGAUCUUAAAAUCGAAUUUUCAACCUGGUCACUCCAAGAACAGAGAAAUGCUGAAGAACUCAACCAAAAAGUUGCUAUGGUUAGUGAUAAAUAUUAUAAGCAAACCUGGAAUAGCAUUGCACUGCUGGAUGAAGUUGCCUCUUCUACUCCAACAGAGUUUAAAGAAAAAGCAGAAGAGUUUAUUACAAAUUUGCUGAAACAGGAUCAGAAGACCUGUGAUAUGCUAGCUGAUCUACAAAGUAAAACAAAAAACGAAAUUGCAUGGAAGAAGGCGAGAGAACGAGAUAUUCUAUUAAGUGUUAAUUUUUGUUUAAAACCUGGAGAUUUGGUUGGAAUAGAUUUGGUGAAUUUUGAAAACUUGUUUUUUCUCUCUUUGGAACGAACAAUCGUUCUUGUGAAUUCCGGUUGGCCGGAUCACGGUUUACCGUCAUCAUCGUCUUGGUUGGCCAAGGGUGGUGCCGCUAGGGUUAAGCCUAGGUUAUUUUGUAUCGAAUCCUAUCAAGUGGUAUUCAGAGACCAGGGAUUUCUCAGCAUGUCAGGCCAGGGUCCGGUUUUCCGUCCGCAGCCUCAUCGCCGGCCACCUGCCGACGAUCAUGAAAUCUAUCCACGUGAUGCUGAGAUUGAAAGAUUGCGCCAGAGGAUUCGGGAUUUGGAAGCUCAUCCGUUCGAUCGUCUCGGUGAUCCGGACGAGACUACCGUCACCGAUUCCGACUAUGACGACCACGAGCAUAAUGUUUUUGCCGAUGGUCGUUAUCGCCGUUCACCGCCUCGCCGUCGUCACAGAUCACCGCCGCCGCCACCACAGGCACAACAACCUGAUCCGCUUCGGGCUCUCGGGUUUAGACUGGAGGUUCCGGAAUUUGAGGGGAAAGUUCAAGCCGAUGACUUUCUCGAAUGGCUUCAAACGGUCGAGCGUGUUUUUGACAUACGAGAGGUUCCCGAGGACUUGAAGGUAAAAUUAGUUGCUCUUAAAUUUCGUAAACAUGCGUCUAUAUGGUGGGAACACGUGCAAGCAAAACGUAGACGGGAGGGUAAAAGGAAAGUACGUACGUGGGAAAAAUUACGUUCUUUGAUGAAAAAGAAAUUUUUGCCAGUGACUCACAAGCAGGAUACGUACUUGGACUACCAUAACUUGUGUCAGGGUUCAUUAUCGGUUGAGGAUUUCAUUGGGGAAUUUGAACGCCUGCGUUUAUGUUGUGACAUGGAAGAAGACGAAAAACAAAUAAUUGCGCGGUUCUUGGGUGGGUUACGAACCGAUCUUUCAGAUGUUGUCUACUUACAGCAGUAUUUCACGUUUGACGACGUAUGUCGGCUUGCUUUACGCGUCGAAAAACAGCUUCUCGCCAAGCCCACACCUGCAAGCCGAUUUGCACCCACAACCAGGCCCACUGUUGUUUCGCAGCCCACUGUUUCGGCCCAAAAUGCCGCUGCCAAGCCCAAUGCUAAAGCCGAUACUCGACAGCAGCCCACUGCAUCGGUUCCAGCAUCCAGUACGGCCCAUUUACGUUGUUACAAGUGUCAGGGCUUCGGUCACCUCAAGCGUGAUUGUCCGAAUAUGCAGGUUUUGGCACUCAUUGCUGAUCCGGAUAACCAGUCGGACCAUGAGGAGGGCCAACCCGAGCUUCUUCUUCCGGAUCGAGGGGAGUUACUCGUCACUAGGCGUUUGUUACACAUCACCGUGAACGACCCUGAUGACAUGGCAUGGCUUCGCCACAACAUUUUUAAAACCCAAUGUACUGCAAAAGGGAAGGUGUGUUCCGUUAUCAUAGAUGGGGGUAGCUGCGAAAACAUGGUUUCAACGACGAUGGUAGAAAAACUUAACUUGCCCACUCAGGAUCACCCGGAUCCUUAUCAGUUGUCUUGGCUCCGAAAAGGUAGUGUUGUUCGCGUUACAAAAAAAUGUUUGGUUGCUUUAACGAUUGGUAAUAAGUAUGCGGAUGAAAUAUGGUGCGAAGUGAUUCCCAUGGAUGCUUGUCAUGUUUUGUUGGGUCGACCAUGGUUAUACGAUAGGCGGGUUAAACACGACGGUUUCCGCAAUACUUACACUUUUAAAAAAGACGGCCUAUAUGUCACACUUGCUCCACUUAACCCAAAAGACGAACCGCCACCGCCGAUUGCGUCCAAAUCGGAAUUUGUGGGUCUCACUCGGGUUUUGCCCACGUCGGUCGUUUUCGGGCUUGUGGUCACGGAGGUCAACCCCGCCGUGCAUGAGCCACCCGAAGCCGUUUCCCCGUUGAUUACCGAGUUCGCGGAUAUCUUUCCCAAGGAUAUCCCUCACGGGUUACCUCUCAUGCGGGAUAUUCAACAUUGUAUCGACUUCUUUCCGGGUUCCACUAUCCCUAAUAAACCGGCGUAUAGGAUGAACCCAAAAGAAUUCGAAGAACUACACAAACAGGUCAAAGAACUCUUGGACAAAGGGUUGAUCCGGGAAAGCAUGAGCCCUUGUGCGGUCCCGGCUUUAUUGGUUCCUAAACCUGGAGGUGCUUUUCGGAUGUGUGUGGAUAGCCGAGCGGUUAACAAAAUCAUGAUUAAAUAUCGGUUCCCAAUCCCCCGUUUUGACGAUAUGUUGGACCAACUGCAUGGAUCCACUAUUUUUUCUAAACUUGAUUUGCGGAGUGGCUAUCAUCAAAUACGUAUGAGACCGGGGGAUGAGUGGAAGACGGCAUUCAAAACUAGAGAUGGUUUGUACAAGUGGCUUGUUAUGCCUUUCGGGCUUUCGAAUGCACCAAGCACGUUCAUGCGGCUUAUGAAUCACAUCUUCAAACACCUUAUCGGUAAGUUCGUUGUGGUUUAUUUCGAUGAUAUAUUGGUCUUUAGUCGUUCGUCGGACCAACAUUUGACUCACUUACGGGCGGUUUUCACAAUCCUACGCGAACAAAAGCUUUACGCCAAUUCAAAAAAAUGUCAAUUUUUCGCCGAAGAAGUGAAGUUUUUGGGCUAUUUGGUGUCAAAAGACGGUAUUCGGAUGGACCCCAUUAAAACCGAGUCCAUAACAUCUUGGCCAAUUCCAACGCCUUUCCACGAGGUGCGUAGUUUUCAUGGGUUGGCGUCGUUUUACCGCCGCUUUAUUAAAGAUUUUAGUACUAUUGUCGCGCCUAUCACCGAAUGUUUGAAGAAAUCAAAGUUUAUUUGGACCGACGAAGCUCAAAAAUCUUUUGAGAGUUUAAAAAAGGCGGUCACGAAAACCCCAGUUUUAGCUUUACCGAGUUUUGACCAAGUUUUUCAAGUGGAAUGUGAUGCUUCCGGGUUGGGAAUUGGAGCCGUUUUAAGCCAAGGAUCGAGACCGAUUGCGUUUUUUAGUGAAAAAUUUAACGAAACUCGCCGUCGGUAUAGCACUUAUGAUAAAGAAUUUUAUGCUAUUGUGCGAAGCCUUGAGUAUUGGCGCCACUAUUUGUUGCCAAACGACUUUAUUUUAUACUCCGACCACCAGGCACUAAAAUACAUUCAAGGGCAAGCAAAUUUAAACCCGAGACAUGCUAAAUGGGUCUAA